CGCGUGUUUGCAGUGAACAGAGAGCAGUGCGAGACUUCGGGAAAGUUCUUCUGUUCGGACGGACUUUGUCUCGACCGUGGAUUGCGAUGCGACGCGAGGAACGACUGCGCAGACGCGGAGGACGAACGCGGAUGCCACAACGAGAGCGCGUGCGCCGACGGCUUCCUGUGCGCGAACGGCGCGUGCGUCGACGGAUGGCGCGCGUGCGACGGACGCGACGACUGCGGCGAUUGGAGCGACGAGUUCUCGUGCGUGAAGAGCGACGCGAAAGGAGUUCCGCUUUUCCGCCGAAACGACACUUGGAGUCCGUUAUGCGUCCGAGAGUUCGGUUCGCAAGACGCCGACGCCAUCUGUCGGCAGUUCGGACUCUCGAAGGCCGAGAACUGGACUCUCGUUUCGGGCGUUCGGCCGAAAAGCGGUUUUUGGGCGCGAAUUGACGGCAAAGACGUCGCUCUUGAGGACAGCUGUGCUUCAAAUCAAACCGUUUCCGUCUUUUGCCAACACUUCCGGUGCGGAGAGAGUGCGCAGAACGAGUCGUCUUCCGUUCCCGAUUCGGUGCGCGUUUUCGAUACGAGAGGGCGCGAGUGUUGGGCGCAAUCCGUGGCCUCCGAGUGGCUAUUGUUGAGCGCGCAGUGCUUUCGAACUCUUUCGCAGAAUUUGUCGGAAAUCCUAAUCGAAAACAAGACGGGAAUCGCGAGACAGGCCUUCUCUCACUUCCGAACUCUUUCGCAGAAUUUGUCGGAAAUCCUAAUCGAAAACAAGACGGGAAUCGCGAGACAGGCCUUCUCUCACUUCCGGUUCUCGCACUUCCGGUCCCUUCGAGUGCCGCAAUACGACGUGGCGUUCGUUCGCUCCGAACAGCCCUUCGCUUCCGCUUCCGUCGCGUGUCUGCCCUCCCAUUCGAUGGACGCGUCGAUCACGUGUUUCGCCGCCGACGACACGCCCUUUCAAGUGCUCGAGACGCGCGUCUGCAACGAAACGCGACAUUUGAAUGGCGCGCUCUCGACGUCGCACUUCUGCGCGCAACGCAACGGUCAACGCGCAGGCGCCGGAAGAUGCGCUCUGAGAGGGCGGCCGUUGAUGUGUUUGUCGGCCGACAGCGCGUGGUAUUUGUCGGGCUUCUCGUCCUUCGAGUACGGCUGUAACGGAACGGCGUUCGGAGGCUAUGAAUACACUUCUCAUCCGACGGUCUUUUCCAACGUCUUCGCCGUCAAAGCGAUGGUCGAAAAGGCGAUCGGAUUCGCGGACUAUCGCAGUCUCGUGGCCGACGUCUGGACACAGGAAAUGACGUCACAAGCGAUCAGUCUUUUAGCCAACGAUUCCGUCGCCGAAGAAGAAGACGAAGAAUACGCCGAAGAGGGGGACGAUGGGCCGGAAGACGACAUUCCCGUCGAUCGCGUGAUAUCUCUGGAACCGCUGCAGACUCUUGUGGACCGCUUGUGGUCUUCGGAGGCGCGGAAAGCGAACGGAAGUGUGGAAUCUCUUGAAAGACUUCAUUUCCUGUUCUCUCAGUCUUUGGACGCGAUUUUCAGAACUCUUUUGCCUUUCGUUUCGGAAAACAUUUUACAAACAAACCUCUCGUCCGCGUGUUUGCGAACAUUGUUGCGAAUGAGUCAAGACUUCAGACAACAGAAGGAAUACGUCUUCAGAUUCGUCGACGCGUCCGCGCGCUUCCCCUUCUCGGGCCUUCUCGACGGAACGAUCGCCGACUUCGGCGAAUACGACGAGUGUCUCGCCAUAGAGCACCGGGAGGUCGACUUCGCGGUCAGCGGACAGUACUGUUUGGCGUCUGUCGCGCUCCCGAUGCCGGCCCUCCCGCCGCGCCUGCACUUCCACGCGCCCGUCCUUCCGCUCGGCAACGAUUCCGCGCUUCGGAACACCUUUUGGGCGGUUGUGGCGAAAAACGCGAAUCUCUUCUACAUUUCGCGCGGACUGCGUCUCGCGCUCUGCGUUCCCGACAGUUGUCACAAACAGGAAAUCCAAACUCUUUUGGCGUCGCUCUUUCGCGAGACUCUCGGACUCCACUUCUCCAUUGGCCACGACUGCCAAACACGUGACUCGAGGACUCCGCUGACGUCAGCGCAGAUCGCGUCCAUUGUCGUCCUCUCCGUCGUCACGGUCGUCGUCUUCGUCGCCACUUUCGCCGACGUCGUCCUCCACAGCGCCCACACACUCGUCACGUGCUUCUCCGUGCGCCAAAACGCGCGCAAACUCUUCCUCUCGUCCACAACCACUUCGCGUCUCUCCGCCAUCCACGGCCUGCGCGUCCUGUCGAUCGCGUGGAUUCUCGUCGGUCACGUGUACUUAAUGCAGUUCUUUCAGGUCUUUCACGUUCUGCGCAGAAGCGUCGAGGAAAUGCCGCGUCUCGCGCUCCUCCGCUACCAACCCCUCAAAUUGGGAUCUUUUCUUCAGGUCGAGACCUUCCUCUUCCUCGGAGGAGUCACCGCCUCUUUCGUCACUCUGGAGGUGACGUCACGCCGGAAGCGACCCUUCGAUUGGUUCGCGUUUCUCGUCUUCCGAUGGCUGCGCUAUACGCCCGCUCUGGUCGGACUCCUGCUCCUCUACUUCCUGCUCCCGUUGUGCGCUUCCGGUCCAAUCUUCGCGCCCAAUAUCCACUCCAUGUACGCCCCCUGCGAGCGCUUCUUCUGGCGAAACCUUCUUUACGUCAAUAACUUCUACGACAAUACCGGAAAUUGCGCGACUCACACGUGGUAUUUGGCCGUUGACUUCCAGCUCUACGCCGUCUCCCCAUUGGCCAUCUUCGCCUUCAAGCGCCGCCCCCUUUUCGGCGUCAUUCUCACUCUCCUAUUGGUCGCGAGUGGAGCCCUCCUCGCACUCCUGCCACCCCUCCUCUCCCCCAACACUCUGCCCGCCAUGUACUCCAUGGACACCAUUCUCUCGGACGACGCCAUUUCCCAUCACUUCCGUCUCUUGUAUUGGGGGGCGUGGCAACACGUGUCGCCGUACUUUAUGGGCGUUCUCGUAGGAUUCGUCGCGCACUCGAAGCCCCGCCUCCGCAUUCCCGCCCCUCUCAACGCCCUGUUGUGGUGCGCGUGCGCCGCCUCCGCCCUCUUGACCGUCUUCUGGACGACGGAUUGGAUGGACUCGACGGCCGCCGAGGAGACGCCGUCUCGCGCGCAACGCCUCCUCUUCACGGCCACCCAUAAGAUCACGUGGACUGUGUUUCCCGCGUGGAUCGUCGUCACGACGGCUCUGGGCCAACCAGGACCCGUCGGCCGCUUCCUGUCCUCCCAUUGGUUCGUUCCGCUCUCGCGCCUCACUUACUGUCUAUAUUUGGUGCAAUUGAUUCCCAUUGUUUUGAGCGCGUAUUCCGUGCGUUACGUCACGCCUUUCGACGACUUCGCGAACUGGUCCAAAGCCUCGUUUUGUUUAUUGCUUUCGCUUUCGUUGGCUUUCAUUCUCUUCGUGUGCUUCGAAUCGCCUUUCAAUCAGUUGUUGAACACAACAAUCAAAGCGCGCGACGAAACGCAUAACAAUCAUAAGUGA